GGAGCACUAAAUUAAUUUCUGUCCAAAUUCUGAUGACUGGCAUCGAGUUCAGGCUUGGGUACAGCAUUUCAGCAAGAUCUCCAUUCAUGGGUUUUGGGACUGAUGUCAACCUGGAGGCGAGCUUCAGCACCAGCUCGUACCAACCUGAGCACAUUCUUCAGGCCCUGAAUUUCUUCAGGAAAAAUGGCACCUUCACUGAUGUUGUCCUGCAGGUAGCGGAACAAGAAUUUCCCUGUCACCGUGCAGUGCUGUGUGCCUCCAGUCAUUACUUCCGCAGCAUGUUUAUGGGCCAGUUGCGUGAGAGCAGUCAGUCUGUGGUGCAGCUGAAGGAGGUCUCAGAAGUCGCCCUAGAGCACUUGCUCAACUUCAUAUAUGAAGGUCGGGCUCACCUCCAGGAAGAGAAUGUGGAGAUCAUUUUUCAAGCUGCUGACCUGCUGGAUGUGCCUGCACUGUCAAGAGCCUGUGUGGACUUCCUGGAGAAGUGCGUGUCUCACUCGAACUGCCUGGGGCUGAUGGAAUUUGCCAAGCACUAUUCGCUGCAGCUGCUGCUGGAACAGUGCGAGAAUCUGCUGUAUCAGAACUUUGACAUUGUUGCCAAGCAGGAUGAGUUCCUUGAGCUGCCAGUGGAGAGAGUGCUGGACCUUUUGGAUUCUGAAAAGCUACAGGUGCAGGAGGAAGUCCUGGUGGAGGCAGCACUGUUAUGGGUGCACCACCAGGCCAGCCAGCGCAAAGCAGCUCUAGGAAAGUUACUGGAGAGGCUUCGAUUGCCCUUGCUCGACCCUGUGUUCUUUACCAACAUGCUGGAGGCUGAUGAACUCAUCCAGGAUUCCUAUGACUGCAGGAAGCUUUUACAGGAGGCGAGACUUUAUCGCACAUAUGGCAGAGAGAUCAGCUCGGAGAGAACCAAACCAAGAAGGCAGUCUGGCUGGGCUGAGGUGAUUGUGGUUAUCAGAGGUUGUGACAGAAACGGGAUUUUAAGAUUCUCCAGCACUGAGAAGCUGGACUCCACCUCAGGGAAAUGGCUCAUUUCAGCCAGCGUGCCAGGAUUCAAAUACGAAUUUGCUGUCUGUGAACUUCACAAUGACAUUUAUUUAUCAGGUGGGCAACUGAACAGCUCACAAGUGUGGCGCUUCAUGACUCAGCUGAACCAGUGGGUUCCUGUUGGUAAUCUACUGAAAGGAAGAUGGCAACACAAGAUGGCCGCUCUGUGCGGAAAGCUGUAUGCUGUAGGAGGAUAUGAUGGACAGAAAAGGCUGAGCAGCGUGGAGUGUUUCAGCGUGUUUGAGAAUGAAUGGAAACCUGUGGCUCCUCUGUUGUUGCCUGUCAGUUCUGCCGCUCUGGCCAGCUGCUCUGGAAAGCUUUAUGUAAUCGGUGGAGCUGUGAGGGAAGACUGCAACACCAAGAUGGUGCAGUGUUAUGACCCUGUGAAGGAUCAGUGGAUGUACACGUUGUCCUGUCCUUUCUCUGAGAAGAACUUAAAUGCAGUGUCACUGAAUGGCUCCAUCUAUGUAGCUGGAGGUCUGCUGGAUGUGCUGUACUGUUACAAUCCCAAGGUGAAAUCCUGGAGCAAAGUAGCUGAACUUCCCAUAAAAUUGAAAAACUGUGGGCUGACUGUUUGCGAUGGGAAGGUGUAUAUCUUGGGUGGCUGUAAUGAACGUGAAGCUAUGACUGCCCGAACAUGGGCAUUUGAUCCACUGAGCGGCCAGCUGACUGAGGAGACACCGUUAACACACAACAUGAGCCACCACGGAUGUGCGACUAUCACCCAGCACUUACACUACAAAUAAUGUGGUUUUUUUAUCUUCAGCAAAAAUCCCAAGGUCACCUACUGAAUCGUUUACUUUAUAUUAAUUCAUUCUUUUGGCUCUGCUGCUCAUAACAAAACUAGAACAAGCCAUAGGUAUUAUUAUUUCAUUUUAUUAUCUCCAGGAAAUCCCUAACAAUUGUGAAAAUAUCAAACUGUGACACCAUGAAUUUAUGAAGGAGUAUUUCUCUAUGCAUUAUAUCUGUCACCGUUAAAAUGCCUUGCUGUUAACAUUGCCUUUUUUAUUCUAUUUCUUUUAUG